AUGCGAAAUAAGCACAAAGGAGUUGAUAACUAUUGCAAAUUUUCGGACGCAGAAGGAGGAGUCAGUGAAUCACUUGAUGGUGGUCACAAAUUAAAAGGAUUUCAAGCUUUCAAGAAUUCUAAUAAUUUAUUAAGUGAAAAACCUUUAAAAAUACUGCAGAAAAAAUGAAAGAAUAGACGAAAAGUGAAAAUAAAAAAUUAAAUGCUUACGUUUUUUCGAAGUUGCUUGCGAUAAGAAUAUAUUUUUAGAUAAACAAUAAAUUUAAAAGAAGCGACAACAUGCCCAGCUCCUUACUAUUCGCCACCAAUAGCGAAGGUCGCGUCUACACACUUUCUACAAAUUCGGCCGCGUGGCGUGAAUUUCCCUAUUUGGGUUUGGAGUUCAAGAAAAUCGCUGCAGUGCCACACUUUGUUUGGGCCAUAGGAGGUGAUCGGCAGGUGUAUGUUUAUGUGUACGGUUUGGAUGUGCCCAUACGCGUCAAAGAGGAGUCCUAUGAAAACGAACGCUGGCUGCCUAUCGAAGGCUUUUCGAAAAAGUUAUUGCCUACCGAUCGCUAUAAGUUCUCUUCAGUUGAUGGCAGUGUAGAACGUAAUAUUGACAAGAUCAGAUUGCCAUCAAUGGCCUGGCAAUGGGAUGGAGAUUGGCAUUUGGACCUGGACAUGGAUGGUCAACAGUUGAAUGAAGAAGGUUGGAUGUAUGCCCUUGAUUUUCCUGCUACAUACUCGGCAAAGAAUUCGUGGAACUCAUAUGUGCGUCGGAGGAAAUGGGUACGUUUCCGCCGUUAUAGUGCACUGAAUAGCUGGUGUGCGGUAGCCCCAUUGCAUAAAGACCCCACCCAAGAACCUUUCAUCGAUGUUUCUGUCGGCGGAACAAACGUGCCAAACGCCGCUUCGGGCACAAUGAUCGUAUGGGCGAUUACUGCACAUGGACGGGCAAUGUUUCGUACGGGUGUGAACACUUCUGCGCCGGAGGGUCUCCGUUGGAAUGCUAUAAACACACCACCGGGUUGUGAACUGGCGCAAAUAAGUGUCGGUCCGACAGGUCUCGUGUGGGCUGUGCUCUAUAACGGACGUGCGAUUGUGCGUACCGGAGUCACGCGUGAGAAUCUUUCGGGCGAAGCUUGGUUGGACGUGAAACCUCCAGUCAGCAGCAACGAAGCUGGAGGCAAUCUAAAAAUCACACAGGUGUCCGUGGGCACUGACUCUGUGUGGUGUGUAACCAACGACAGCCAUGUUUGGUUUCGACGGGGCGUCAAAGGCGAGGCAGCUGGCAUAAGCGAAGACGCCGCUAUCGGCAGUGGUUGGGUGGAGUUGGUUGUCAAUAUAUCGUCGAUUUCGGUGGCGCCUAAUGAUCAAGUAUUCGCAGUGGGCUCAGCGGAUCGCGCGCUUUACUUUCGCUCAGGCGUAUCUGCUUCCGAUCCGACCGGCAAGCAAUGGCGUCAAAUACAGUGUUCCAUGCAGAUAAGUCGCACAUCCAGUUCAAUGUCGAUAGUGUCGCGUCGUAGUGGCAGCGGUUCUACGCCUGGUUCCAAGCAUCAGAGUUUCUCAAAUCUUUACAACAAGGACAAGGAGAAGGGUGUGGUGGAGACGUGUGCGCCAAUUGAAAAUAUGCCGGCCAGUCCGGCAUCCACGAAUAGCAGCACAGCGGGUGCGGCAGCUGCGCAGGCGCGACUCAAAGGUGACAUAUGGAAAUACACAACCGAUUCACCACCCAAUAUCGGCAGUUUGAAUUUGAAUGAACGUCACAAAAAACGAAGCUCAGCGAUGCGUGAGCAUGCCACUCACGCGUGCAGCGCACCCGCUACAGAGGUGGUCACCGAAAUCUCAGGCAAACACUUUGAAACGCAACUCAAGAAUCCACGCGCCUGGUCGCCAGUGCGUAGCGUUGGCUCCAUUGUCGGCACUGAGGCGCACCCCGAGAGUGAUUCGGCAGUAUUCGAGUCAGAUUCAACACAUCAUGGCUCAGAUGCAUUCCUGGGCGAAGAUGAGGAUCAUGCAGGUUCACAAUUUUGGACCGAAUGCGAGGUGAUGUGGAGUUGUGUGGCGGCAGGCGCUGUAUGUGUGGAUCCAACAAAUGCGCCAAACUGGUUCAAUGAACAGGCGUCUGCCAAUGGCAAAGUGGACGUGGAUGCCACAUGGCGUAAGGAUAUUAUUGAGAAACUGCAAAAACAAAAGGAGUUGCUAACAAAAUUGAAAAAUCCAGAAAAAUACGAGAAAGCCGUAGAAUUAACUUCAUGGAUUAAAUCGGCUGAAGCGCGUUAUCAACGUCCCGGUGGUGAAUUCGAAGACUGUUUAAUCGAAUUGGAAUGGGUGAGUGGUGCCACCGGCGCAGGUGCUAGUGCUGAUGCAGGCAAUACCAGCACAGAUUCAGAUUCCGGCACCUUUACCGUGCUGAAUCCAGACGGUGUUACUACAAAAAUACAAUUUUCGCUCUCCAACAUCACUUGCGUGCAGUGUUGCAGCGAGCCGAGUGCGCCACGUAUUGCCUUGCACGCACCACGUCUGCCAGCCAACUGCUCACCGAUCAAAUUACAAUUCUCCAGCGACGCCGAAAUGGAAGAUUGGCUGUCUCAUCUCAGUUCAGUUUGCUGCCAGAUCAAUGAGGUGCUGGGCAAACCUGCGAACAAUUCCAUUUGGGUCACCACUGAACUUGGCGAAGUUUUUGUUUUCGAUCCACUCAAUAUGAAAGCGAAUCAACUGGACAAAGAGCGCAAUUGUUAUGUGCAGAAAUUCGAUGUGAACACAAUGGAAACGCCUUACUACAACACUCUCUCCAAUGGCAUGCCUUUGGGCACCGAGUUGGAGAUAUCUGGUUGUGUCUACGAUGACGCCGAUCAAAUACGUUUCGAUUUGCAGUGUCAUCCCAACAUAAAAACGCGUCCCAAAGUGGAAAAAUUCCGUGUGAUCGCUAUGCACAUAAACCCAAGAUUCAAUGAGCGCACCAUAGUGCUCAACAGUAUGAAUGACUCCGAAUGGCUGGACGAAAUACGCAAUGAUAAUAUGGUUUUCGCGCCGGGCGCCACUUUCACGCUACGCAUCAAAGUUUUGGCGAAGCAUUACCAGUUGUUUGUGAACAACACACACUUCGCUGACUACAAGUACCGCACAGAUCCGGCCGCCGUCACCUGCCUGUACGUUAGUGGGCGUGUCAAACUCUUUAACAUCGUCUAUCAUUGUCCCACGUUGAUCAUAUCUAUGCAGGAGAUGUAUUGGCGGCAAAUAGGCGGCCACAUAAAGCGUGUCUUUACCUGUUCUGCCGGCGUUGUGUGGGGCAUUUCGUGCGACAACACUGCCUGGGUGUAUAACGGUGGUUGGGGCGGUCAGUUUCUGAAAGGGCUUGAGGGCGGCACUGGCAAAAUUAACACGAUGGUCGAUACGCACACCUACUAUGUGUACGAGAAUCAACGCUGGAACCCCAUUAGCGGCUUCACUACGAAGAGUCUGCCCACCGAUAGGCACUUGUGGAGUGACGCCAGCGGUCGUCAAAGGCGUAGCAAGGAACACACUAAACUCUUAUCCACACACUGUGAAUGGAUUACGGAUUGGAUGGUGGAUUUCAAUAUACCCGGCGGUGCUGAUAAAGAAGGCUGGCAAUAUGCUAUUGACUUUCCAGCUACAUACCAUGCGCAGAAGAAAAUCACUGAUUGCGUACGCCGACGUCGUUGGUUGAAGAAGUGUCGUUUAACCAGUAGCGGCCCGUGGCAGGAGUUGAGUCACUCGAAGAUUUUAGACGCCGCCUUGCAAGUGUUCGAUAACGAUGUGGACAGUGCCAAUAGUUUAGGCGAUUGGGAAGAUGUGCCAGUUUGCGCUUGGGCCGUAGCGUCCAAUGGUGAUGUCCUCAUACGGCAUGGUGUAACACAGCUAAAUCCACGUGGUGAGAGUUGGGAGCACAUACCGAGCGAGCAGCCUUUGAUUGGAAUUACUGUAGGACCGGCUGGGCAAGUGUGGACUGUCGGACGGAACGGCAUGAUCUACUUCCGUUACGGCAUUACCAGGCACAAUCCAAUGGGAGACGCUUGGCAAAUGGUGGAAGCGCCCUCGGGUGUAACAUUUCGCACGGUGGCUGUGGGUCAUGCGGGUAUUUGGGCUCUUGAUAACCAUAACCGCUUGGCGGUGCGCAAAGAGAUUACUAAGACGUUUCCAGAGGGUUCACAUUGGCAGUUCUUGCCGAAUAUGCCGAAUAUUCCGCCGCACACAGAAACACACAUCGGCUUCAAAUCGGUUUCAGUGGGCGCUGAGGUUUGGGCGAUCGCAUUGAAUGGCGUUGUUUGCAAGCGUUGUGGCAUCACAAAGGAGAAUCCCGCUGGAGCAGGCUGGAAUCUUGGCAUACCGGGACAAUGGCAGCAAAUAUCCGCAGAGAGCUUUUCAUAAUAAUUUUGAAGAUAUGACUUUAAUGUGUACCUAUUUCCAAAGACUAGGUGUUCCAGUUUUUUGUUUACUUUUUCCAUUACAUUUGAAAUAUUUCAAUUACGUCCUUGACAAUUAGAGGAAUGUUCGCGUGAAGUUCAUUACAAAAUGUUAUAUUGCCUAUAAGUCAUUAAUCAUAAGAGUGCAUUUUUUCCAAGCUUAUAUGUAUCUUAAUCAUUCCAUUGCAGCUACAUUCUAAUUUAAGCUAUAUUAAAGUAUUGUUUUUUAUUUGUAAUUUUAUGUAUUCCCUUACAUAUAAAGAAUAUG